AUGACGCACAUCGUCAGAUCAUCUACCGUAUGGCUGGUGCUACUGGUAGUGGUCGCCAUCGCAGCCGGUCCCGUGCCGCUCCAAUCCCCUGCCAAUGCACCCACACCAUCCGAGAGUGAAGUUCGCCAAUCGCUGGAAACGAUCGAACAACGUUAUCAGCAAGCGAAAGCUCUGCAAACAUUAGCUGCCUGGGAGUACGGAUCGAACCUAACGCAGAUUAACCUGGCAAAAAAGACGAAAGCCGCUGCCGAGUUCGCAGAGGUUGCUAAGACAAUAGCCGAAGAACUGCGCCUAUUGCCGACCGAUCAGCUAACGGAUGACGAUCUGAGGCGUCGAAUUCAGAAACUUUCCAAGCUCAAGUAUGCCGUACUGCCAGCGGAUCAAUUUAAGGAGCUGCUGGGUGCGAUUGCAAACAUGGAAUCGAACUACGCCAAGGCAAAGUUCUGCGCCUUUGGUGAUGCGGCCAAGUGUGAUCUUUCGCUCGAUCCGGAGCUGACAGAAAUCUUUGCCAAUCAUCGCGAACCGGAGGAACUCAAGUACUACUGGGUACAGUGGUAUAAUGCAACCGGUGCACCGGUUCGCGAAUCCUUCCAGAAGUACGUUGAGCUGAAUAGACAAGCGGCCCUUCGGAAUAAUUUCAGCUCCGGUGCGGAAGUUUGGUUGAACGAGUACGACGAUAGCACGUUCGAGCAGCAGGUCGAUGAUGUUAUCGAGCAAAUACGACCUCUGUACGAGCAGCUGCAUGCGUACGUGCGUUACAAGCUGCGUCAAAAGUAUGGUGAUAAGCUGGUGUCUCCGACGGGUCCCAUACCAAUGCAUCUGCUCGGUAACCUGUGGGCACAGACGUGGGACAAUAUUGCCGAUUUUACUACACCGUUCCCGGAGAAAAAGCUGCUGGACGUUACGGAUGAAAUGAUUCGCCAGGGCUACACACCGAUCAAGAUGUUCCAGAUGGGAGACGAUUUCUUUACCUCGCUCAACAUGACAAAACUUCCACAAUCAUUUUGGGAAAAGAGCAUCCUCGUCAAACCGGCCGAUGGACGCGAUCUGGUGUGUCAUGCGAGUGCAUGGGACUUUUACUCGAUCGAUGAUGUACGGAUCAAACAGUGUACGCGCGUAAAUAUGCGUGAAUUUUUCGUCGUUCAUCACGAGCUCGGCCACAUCCAGUACUAUCUGCAGUACCAGCAUCAACCCGUCGAGUAUCGGGGUGGAGCUAAUCCCGGCUUCCAUGAGGCCGUCGGAGAUGUUCUUUCGCUGUCCGUAUCGACACCAAAACAUCUGAAGAAGGUUGGCCUGCUGAAGGACUACGAAGAAGACGAACAAGUGAGGAUCAACCAGUUCUAUCGGGCCGGUGUAACGAAGCUGGUGUUCCUGCCGUUCGCUUACACACUGGACAAGUAUCGAUGGGGAGUGUUCCGUGGUGAAAUUAAGCCGAAGGAUUAUAACUGCAAGUUCUGGGAGAUGCGAUCGCGCUUUUCAGGAGUUGAACCACCGGUCGUACGUACGGAGCAGGACUUUGAUCCACCGGCGAAGUAUCAUGUGUCGGCCGAUGUGGAAUAUUUGCGAUACUUCGUUUCGUACGUCAUACAGUUCCAGUUCCAUCGGGCCGCGUGUGCACUGGCUGGAGAGUACGUGAAGGGUGAUCCGGAGAAGACGCUUAACAAUUGUGACAUUUAUCAGAGCACGGCUGCUGGUAAUAAGCUGAAGGAAAUGCUAGCGCUGGGAUCAUCGAAACCGUGGCCGGAUGCGAUGGAGGUGCUUACCGGCGAGCGUAAGAUGAGUGCGGAUGCUAUUUUGGAAUACUUUGAUCCACUGUACCGAUGGCUGUUGGAGGAAAAUGCUCGCGUAGGAGCGCACGUUGGCUGGACCGACUCGCAAAAAUGCGUCUCCACCAUUGCUCAACCAAUCGACUUUUUGGAGACUUAAAUGAGACCUCUUGAUCUUGACAGUAAUACUGUGGA